AAUCAUGAGAGGAGAUUCCUUCUUUGACUUGGUGCUCUGAGGGAAUCCCCGGUUAUAACCUUUUCAUAAGCGGAAAACAUCUAAUUCUUUUGACAAAAUAUGUAUUUUUAACAAUAUUCAUACAAUAAGAGAUACAUUUUGUGAGAGUUAAAAGAACACAUUUGGUAUAAAUAAGACAGGUGGUACGGAAAACGAAGAAAAGAAAUCUUCAAUUUUAGAGUUUCAUGAUGAUGAAGUGCACAGAAAGAGAAAUUCACUGAAGGAAAGCUGCUGACUCUUACUAAAAUUUACCUUCAACUGAUAACUGAAAACAUGGGAAAUGAAUCCAGUUUGCAAAAUGUUUUGAGCAAGGAAGAAAUCGAGGAUCUGUUAGCCUCUACUCCAUUCACAGAAAGUCAGCUGAGGAAGUUGAUGAAGCGAUAUAAAGACAUGGACCCUGAUGGUACAGACGGUAUAUCGUAUGAUGACAUGUUGACUAUGGUGGAGUUUGCAGGCAGUGACUUAGCACCACCAAUAAUUGCCAGUUUACUUGACAGGCGGUCUCUCAAAAUUUACCCCAAAACCUUUCUUCGUCUUUGUGCCUUACUCAGUGAUCGGGUUAAACCAGCAGAGAAAAAGAAAUUCAUCUUUGACCUAUUCAACAUCUACAGUAGUGAUGCUUUAACCCACGAUGAGAUUUUCCGGCUCUACAAAUUAUUUUACUCUGUUGCUAUCUCUGAUGAUCACAUUCUGGCCUUGACAUUCAAAGCUCUAAGUCACCCUGACCUUGAAACCAAAGGUCAAAUUACAUUCCCAGAAUUUGAAAAGAUGGUUGGUGACCAGGAAGUUGUAGACAGAAUGACAGUUGACUUCUUCUGAAUAAAAGAAAUUUCUUGAUCUCAUUGUGAAGGAGCACUGUCAAUGAUGAUAGACAUACGCUUUCCAAGUGUGGAAGCCAGGGAAUAUGAGGGGAAAUUUUCUAGUGAUGUGGUAUAACUAUGGGACUUGCUUACUAAUUCAGCAACAUCAAGCAUGGUCAGUGGCUUGAUGGGUGCCCGCCUGCAUGUCAUGUUUGGUGGCAGCAUGAUGACCUAAUGAGUAUCAUGUACACCAGUUCUGAGUGGCUGGGGAAGGUGCAUUGGUUACCCAGGGACAACUCAUGGGAUUCCCCAGGCAAAGUCUUGGGACAAGACUCCUCAGAGGGGGAAUGUUGUAACAGCCAAAGAAAAUGAGGGGAAAAUACUGCCUUACUGUUUAACUCUGGGACUCUCACUAGCUCAGCAAUUAAUGUUAAGCAUUGCCUGUCCUAUCCUUUGGAAAGUAACAGAAGAAAUACACUGGUACAUGUACAUUUUAAGGCUCAAGUAAUAGCACGGAAUUAGAUUAGCCAAGUCCGUGGUAAAAUUAUAUACCAGUGUAAUGAAAAUGACUGGUAUAAAAAUGAACAGGCUGUUAUGGUCUCAGCAAUGAUUGUACAUGUAAUUUGUGAAAGUUUAAAAAUGUAUAUGUUUUGUAUACAAUUUGUUGCAUAUAAAUUGUCA